GGGUUUGGUCUCGAGCAGUCUCCUAAGUCCCCUACAUUUCUUCCUCAAAACACUUCUUCUCUCUCUGCGGCGUAUAUUAUUCAAAAGACGCUUAUUAGGCCUCAAAAUUCAUCUAACCUCACGCCAACUGCCUUCGUUGGCGGCGACCCUUUUCUUUCAAACACUUCAAGUUGGGGCUCUCGUCUUAAAAUCUAACAGCACCGAUUGGACCCGACCCGUUCCCAAUCCCCUCCGUUCAUCGCGUUGCAAAAGGGGUUGUUUUUCUGCCUCAAAUUAUGCUAGUUUCUAGGCUUUCUAGACUUGGAUUUCGUGUUGCCAAAGAGCUUUCACGAGGCGGAUAUACGUACACAUCUAGAACAAGAUAUAGACAAAGGCCUUGCGGGCGAUACCAGCGCUCCCUGCUUGAAUUACUGCCAGAAACUAGAGCCUUUCAAGGUGCCAUAUUUCAAAAGCAUCAUGAUUUUUCUACAUCAGCUUCCAACAAUGCUUCUGAGGGAGGGGAUGAACAGAAAGAAACGAUAUCUGUCACAUUUGUUUUAAAGGAUGGAGAAGAAAUGCAUGUUCGGGUGCCUAUUGGAAUGUCUAUUCUGGAAGCAGCCCAUGAAAAUGAUAUAGAACUAGAAGGAGCAUGUGAGGGUUCACUUGCUUGUUCGACUUGCCAUGUCAUAGUGAUGGACAUGGAGCAGUAUAAUAAAUUAGAAGAUCCAACUGAUGAGGAGAAUGAUAUGUUGGACCUGGCAUUUGGGCUUACAGAAACGUCUCGGCUGGGUUGUCAAAUAAUUGCCAGGCCGGAACUCGAUGGAAUUCGUUUAGCAAUCCCUGCUGCCACUCGAAACUUUGCUGUUGAUGGGUAUGUUCCAAAACCCCACUAGAACGAUACUACACCAAACCCUGUUUCAUUGAGCGAAGAGGAUCCAGUCAUCCAGUUUUGUAGCUUCUCUAUUGUGUUGGAUCGACGAGCAUCUAUUAUCCUCAAGUGAUUUUUUUGUAUUAAUUAUUACUUAAUAAAUUCCCAAUAAUCCCUUUGUGAAGUUGAUUCUAUAGAUCAAAUAAUAUUAAGGUUCCAUUGACCACACUUUGUUCCAUAUUUUUAUGAAUACAGACACGGAAAACUCGAGAUUAAUGUCA